AUGCCCGCGACGCUCCUGUCCUUCGGCUCGGGAUCGCCGGCGUGGCUCUCCGAACCUGCCUCGAGCAUCCGAAGGCGAGCAGGGGCGCAGGGGGGCGGGCGGCAUUCGACGCGCGUGAGGGCGAUUUUCGGCGGCAACGACGAGGAGGGGAAGAGCAAGAAUCCCUUCUCCAACUUCUCUGAACUGCUGAAGACUGCCAAGGAGGCUCAGGCGCGGGCAGCGGUGGAGGCACAAAGAGCACAGGAGGAGCUGUCCAGCGUUGUGUUUGAGGGCUACGAUGAAGAGGAGACUGUUAAGGUUGUCGUUUCUGGAAACCAAGAGCCUCGGGCUGUUGAACUGACCCAAGAUGCACUUGACCAAGGAACAGAGGUUCUUCAAACUCGGCUUGUGGAGGCGAUGCAAGAUGCACAUUCAAAGAGCGUGCUUGGCAUGAAGGAUCGAAUGAAGCGGUUGUAUGAAGACUUGGGCUUUCCAAUGCCACCACAGAUGUGA